CGACCAGUGAAGCUAAGAGGCGGCCCGAACCCCGGCCAUUUUCGGCCUCGGAGGGGGAGAGUCGAGUUUUGACAGACAGACAGACGUGUUCACAACAACGCAACCCCAACUCUCCUCCUCCACCCACCCAUUUCCGUCAGGGGUUCCGGGAAAGCCAUGUCGCACUCAGUAUCGCCCGAACCGGCGGCACCACUGAAGAAGGCUCAAUUCGAGAGCAAGACUGUCAAAGUCGACUCCAACCCGGACCCCUCGGACGAUGCCGUCUCCGGAGCCGAGGAAGAUGCCGUGAAUGUGACCGGGUCCGGUCCAGUCACCGACACCAUGGCUAUGGCCGUCGACGAUAGCCUAGAACGCCGCAUCCGGCUCAAGGUGGAUUUCCGCCUCUGCACCAUCGCCGGCAUCUUAUGCAGCCUCAACCUGCUGGACAGCGGCGUCCUAUCCAGCGCGGCCGUCACCUCCAUGCUGUCCGACCUCGGCCUCGACCAGGGAAACCGCUUCUCCGUCUCCAUCUUCAUCUUCACCAUCUCCAGCAUCGUCUUCCAGCUGCCCUCCACCAUCGCCGUGCGCAUCCUCGGCCCCCGCGUCUGGUUCACCGCCAUCACCCUGGCCUUCGGCAUCAUCACGCUGUGCACCGGCUUCGUCCGCACCUGGCAGCAGAUGAUUGUGCUCCGCGUCCUGCUGGGCGCCGCCAUGUCGGGCAUCUUCCCGGGCCUGUCCUACCUCAUCAGCACGUGGUAUCCGCGCCGGGAGCAGCAGCUGCGCUUCGCCUUCAUGCAGAGCGGCGAGGUCAUCAUCCUCGCCACCGGCGGCCUGGUCAACUACGGCCUAAACCGGCUGAGCGGCCGGGGCGGCCUGGAGGGCUGGCGCUGGAUGUUUAUUGUGCAGGGCCUCUGCACCUGCGUCAUCGGCCUGGUCACCUACUGGUGGAUGAUCGACUUCCCCGAGAACUCGCACAGGAGCUUCCGCUUCCUCACGCCCGACGAGGUCGGCAUUGUCGCGAAGCGGAUCCAGACCGACCGCGGUGACCUAGUCGCCCAGGACUUUGCCCUCGCAAAGGUUCUCGUCCACGCCAAGGACCCCAAAGUCUGGGUCUUUGCCUCGCUGUUCUUUAUGCAAAAUACCGUUUCCACCGCGUUGGCUUACUUUGUUCCCAUCAUCCUCGAAAAUGGAUUGGGGUAUUCGCCCGAUUCUGCAAUCAUCCUAUCGGCACCACCUUACUUCUACGCCGUGAUCCCGGUCUUGGUCUCGUCGUACUUUGCCGACCGGUUCCGCAUCCGGGGCCCCGUCAUCGUCUUCAACGCCCUGUGUUUGAUCACCGGCUUUGCUGUGUUGGGUUUUGCGCAGAACUCAGGCGCUCGUUAUUUUGGCGUCUUCCUGGCGACGGGGGCCUACGUCGGGAACUGGGCCGCCUUGACGGCGUAUCAGGCGAACAAUGUCGUUGGGCAGUGGAAACGCGUUUUUACGGCGGCCGCUUGCACCAUGUUCAACGGCGCUGGUGGCAUUGCCGGGAGUUUCAUCGUGCGCAAUUUCGAGGCGCCAUAUUAUGCUACGGCUGUUUGGGUGUCGAUAGGGUCGCAUCUCUUGAUGAUUUCGGUUGUUGCUGGGCUUUCCGUCCACUUUUACCUUGCCAACAAGUCUCAGAGCAAGAGGUCUGCCGUUUUGGAGAACACGGAGGGAUUCCGCUUUACAUACUAGGUAGGAUAAAUGCAAGAGGGAGCGAU